AAAGCCGCUUGCCGGCCGGCCCCGCCCGCCACUGCGGCCGUUACGCCUCGGCUGGCUGCGGGUCUGACCAGUCGGAAGCCGCGCUGCGCCGUCGCGCUUCAACCUGCCGCAACCCGGGCGCGCUGUCGCCGCGGCCUGCCUUCGCCUGCGCCGCCUCUAGCCUUGCUUCCGCAUCCUACCCGCGCCUCCGCUGCCUGUGUUCUGGGUCCCCGGCCGGCCGUCCUCCCAGCCCAGACGGGCACCUGCUCCAGCGAAGGAGCCUCUCUCGGGCUGGCCCCGCUGCCACCGCUGCGAAUUCGGGGUAGUCUCUUCCUCCGGGGGCGGCACAGUUCUCGUCUGCAGAGAAGCGGCUUCUCGCGCGCCUGAAGGCCGGGCUCCGACCGCGAAAGCCCGGUUGACGCCGUGAGCAGCCGCGAGUGCCUGGCGCCGGGGCUGAGAACAGAAGGCCACGCCCCGCGAUUACACCCUGGCGGCCUCUACAGCCCGGCGGCUCCUGCCUUCGCCGCCCGCCCUCACUCCUCGCCUCUGAGCUGCGACGCGACACCCUGCCUACAGGUGGAGGACCCAGCCCGCGGACCCCGACCAGAGACUCAAGAUGGCGGUGGCCGCGUAACUGAGCAUCCCGCAGGCUUCGCUCCGAGAACGCGGAGGACUGACAUUGGGGGGCAGCGAAAGGACGAGAGCAGGACUCUGGUGUCGUUUGUUAAUCGUGGUUGCGUGAAGCUUGACUCCUCGGGCAUAUUGCGGGGGAGUGUUUGCUGUUGUCCCAAGUCCUAGAGCACAGGGAACCACAGUAACCCGGAUUUUGUAGAAUUGGGGCCCUUGAUAGUUGGCAAAAUGGCGAUGGCACUGUUGGAAGACUGGUGUAGGGGGAUGGAUGUGAACUCCCAGAGAGCCCUGCUGGUCUGGGGAAUCCCAGUGAACUGUGAUGAGGCUGAAAUCGAAGAGACCCUCCAGGCUGCGAUGCCCCAGGUGCCCUAUCGAGUGCUUGGGAGAAUGUUCUGGAGGGAAGAGAAUGCCAAAGCAGCCUUGUUAGAGCUCACUGGCGCUGUCGAUUACGCCGCGAUCCCCAGGGAGAUGCCAGGUAAAGGAGGGGUCUGGAAAGUGGUCUUUAAGCCCCCGACUUCCGAUGCUGAAUUUCUAGAAAGGUUGCACCUCUUCCUAGCAAGAGAGGGGUGGACCGUGCAAGAUGUUGCCCGUGUCCUUGGGUUUCAGAACCCCACUCCGGCCCCAGGCCCAGAUAUGACAGCAGAGAUGCUAAACUAUAUUUUGGAUAAUGUUAUUCAGCCUCUUGUUGAGUCUGUAUGGUACAAGAAGCUGACACUCUUCUCCGGGAGGGACAUCCUGGGGCCUGGGGAGGAGACAUUUGGUCCCUGGCUGGAGCACACUAAUGAGGUCAUAGAGGAGUGGCAGGUGUCAGAUGUGGAAAAGAGGCGGCGGUUGAUGCAGAGUCUUAGAGGCCCUGCUGCUGAAUUCAUACGCAUUCUCAAGAUCAGCAACCCUGCGAUUACCACCGCCGAAUGCCUGAAGGCGCUUGAGCAGGUGUUUGGGAGCGUGGAGAGCUCUAGGGAUGCGCAGGUCAGAUUUCUGAACACUUACCAGAACCCGGGAGAAAAGUUAUCUGCUUAUGUCAUUCGUCUGGAGCCUCUGCUGCAGAAGGUGGUGGAGAAGGGGGCCAUAGAUAAAGAUAACGUGAAUCAGGCUCGCCUGGAGCAGGUCAUUGCCGGGGCCAACCACAGCUGGGCCAUCCGAAGGCAGCUGUGGCUGACCGGGGCUGCGGAAGGGCCAGCGCCAAACCUCUUCCAGUUGCUGGUGCAGAUCCGCGAGGAGGAGGCCAAGGAAGAGGAGGAGGAGGCUGAGGCUGCCCUCCUGCAGUUAGGCCUGGAGGGGCACUUCUGAGUCCCCAGAAAAGGGGCUUUAGUGCAGACCUAGAUCACAGCUGCUUUUGUUCGUUGUCUUUGUGCUGUCUUACAGGUGUGUCUCCUAGUAGUAAAGACUUAGCCAUGGUUUUUUGGGGCGAAGUCAGGCCUGCGUAUUCAUGUAACAUUAGUAAAAUCGUGCAGGCAAGCACCAGAGCUGCUGCGGUACAAGUGAGUCAUGCUACGAUGCCAGGGAAAGGUUUGGACACGAGUGCUCAGUGCAAGCUGUCAUCAGCUUGCAUCAUCAUCAGUUGUGGAAAACGUGAACUCGUGACACUUCCCGUCGAGGUAAUUAAAUGUGAAAUUGCACGUUCAGAUGUUUAGUGCAGGGCCUGGCUAACACAAGAAGUGCUCAAUAAAAAUGUGAACUGUUAUUACUACUAUCGUGAAUAGUUUUUGUGUUUACUGUAAAUUGUUCCUGAUUUACAUUAACGGAAAGAAAUGUGAAUUAGAUAUUCAACUUUAGAGUGCAAGUUUCUUAUUUUUCAUCUUUAAACAUCUAAAUCAGUUUAACUGAAAAGUGUUCCGAGACUACAAAAUGGGUUGUUAGAAAAAUACUGCACUUGUAGAGCUGUGUAAAUCAAGUUUUCACUGGACAAGAUACAGAUACAGAUUGCAAGCGGAGGUUAAUAUGAACCAGUUAGAGUAUCUAUUCCCCCAUUUCAAAUCUUUGUCAUUGAAGUGUAGUUUACCUUGUUCAUGCUGAGUCUAAGUGUUCUAAAUUCGAAGUUAUCAAAUAAAUGUAUUAUUAAUAAAAAUAUUUUUAAAAUUC